UGCAAAAAUGGCUUCGUCUUGUUGUUCAAGGAAGCUUCUUCUACUUGGAAAACCCCUAUACAGAGUUCUCAAACGUAAUUCCUUACCAUGUUCCUCUUCAAUGUUACAAAGAUCAUUUAUUUCUACUUCUACUCAUAAUAAAUAUGUUCUAGAACCUUCGGGUACCAUUUCCAAAUCAGAAGUUUCUAGAAGGUAUUGUUCGGGCUCGUCACCUCUUCAUGAUGCUUCUGAAGGUCCUGCUCCUAUCGAUUACCGAUCUCUGCUGCAGGAAGAUGAGUAUCACAGACUGGCUAAUGCCACUAUCCAUGACUUGCUAGAUAAGUUGGAGGAAUAUGGAGACUCAGUUGACAUUGACGGUUUCGAUGUGGAUUAUGGGAAUGAGGUUUUAACGCUAAAGCUUGGGAGCUUGGGAACCUAUGUGAUAAACAAACAGACUCCUAAUAGGCAGAUUUGGAUGUCUUCACCAGUGAGUGGUCCAUCAAGGUUUGACUGGGAUCAGAAUUCUCAAGGUUGGGUCUAUAGGCGAACCAAGGCAAACCUGGUAAAGGUUUUGGAAGAAGAAUUAGAAAAACUCUGCGGAAGUGCCAUUAAUCUUUCUUGAGUUAUAGUGGAUCGUUGAUGUUUAAUGUACCAUUUCUACUGGCAUUUACAUGUCUGUAAUAAUGAGCUCUUUUUCCCUUUACUGUUAGCUCCUCCAAUCAUUCAUUUUGUAAGUUGUAAAUCUUUACUUUUUAACUACUACUAUUAUAUACUAGUUCAACACAA